AUGUCCGUGGUGCUGCAGCCGAGUGCACAGCAGCACGCCCAGCACUCCCAGCACGCCCAACACGCCCAGCACUCCCCCCGAGCGCGACGACCCUCGACCGGCGCGUCGUCCAACACGCCCAACACGCCCCGCGCACAGCCGCCGCCCCCCUCGACGCAGCACUCGUCCGCCAUGAGCCCCAACAGCGCUGCCACCGCCCCCGGGCCCAUGCCGCCCCCACGCACCUCGUCGCACCGCUCCACCAACGCUCCGGGGAGCGCAGGCCGGAGAGCGAACGAGGCGAGCUCCAGUCGCCCCCAGCCGGGACACAGCCGCUCGGCCACCGCCGUGGGCCAGCCUCCUGUCGGCACUCACCUGCCCCGCGAGGAAAGCGCCGUCAUCAGCAGGAUAGGCGUCUCCGACCCCCAGGACGACAUUGCUCGCGAGCAGGCGCGGCAGGCGGAGCGCGUGCCCAUUGCCUCGGGCGCCGACCUGACGCCCAUCACCGGUCUCGGCCUGGUGGGCAGCGAGGGCGUCGACGAUGGCGGCCGGGGCGCUGGCGGCAAGAGCAGACAGGACCACUCCAAGACCGAGGGCUCCACCAAGCGGACCAAGUUUGGUAACUACAUCCUGGGCCAGACGCUGGGCGAGGGCGAGUUUGGCAAGGUCAAGAUGGGCUGGAAGCGCGACAGCAGCGUCGAGGUGGCCAUCAAGCUCAUAAGAAGAGAGACGCUGGGCAGCAACUCGAACCGGCUGCAGAAAAUCUACCGCGAGAUCCACAUCUUGCGCGGCCUCGACCACCCCAACAUCGUGCGCCUGCACGAGAUGGUCGAGACAGAACGGCACAUUGGUAUCAUCCUGGAGUACGCAUCGGGCGGUGAGCUCUUCGACUACAUCCUCAACCAUCGCUACCUGAAAGACGGCCCGGCGCGUAAACUGUUUGCCCAGCUCAUCUCAGGCGUUGGCUACCUGCACAAGAAGGGCAUCGUGCACCGAGAUCUGAAGCUCGAGAACCUGCUGCUGGACCGCAACAAGAACAUCAUCAUCACCGAUUUUGGCUUCGCCAACACCUUCGACCCCAAGGACGAGCUGGGCGAGGAGAUCGAGUACAGGCUGGGUGAUAAGGACUUUAUAAGGUCCAUGGGCCUCGACCAGCCUGACGCUCGUCGCGGCGAUCUCAUGCAGACCAGCUGUGGAAGCCCGUGCUACGCUGCGCCGGAGCUCGUUGUCAGCGACUCUCUCUACACCGGUUGCAAGGUUGACGUAUGGAGUUGCGGUGUGAUUUUGUACGCCAUGUUGGCGGGCUACUUGCCCUUUGACGAUGACCCAGCGAACCCCGAGGGUGACAACAUAAACCUUCUCUACAAGUACAUUGUUUCCACCCCGCUCACGUUUCCCGAAUACGUCACACCGCACGCAAGGGAUCUUCUCAAGCGGAUACUCGUACCCGACCCAAGAAAACGUGCCGAUCUGUUCGAGGUCGCGCGUCACAGCUGGCUGGCAGACUACGCACACGUCGUGGGCUUCAUCACCACCAGCAAUGCCGCCGAGACCCAGCAGCAAGGCUCCGUCUAUGCUACAGAAGAUCCAUACGAGCAGCCGCCGCCUCUUGCCAGAAGUGCAUCCGUCCGCGAGCCCACCAAGACGCAAGCACCCCCUUCAGCACACGGCGGGCUUACAGCCAAACGAGACCAGAUCAAUCCUACGACGGAGAAGCCGAAGACGACUCGUGACAACAAACGCCGAACCGUACAGGUCGAAUACGUUGCCCCCCAAUCGCAGACCCAGCGGGGCGAGGCCUCACCACCUACCGUCUCUGCAGAUGCAACACCGAAGGCUCGUCCCCUCGAGCGUGUACCAGUCGAACCCACACCCACAACCACAGACGGCUACCAGUCGUCCUCCGGUGCAAGACCGCCUCGCUCUUCUGGGACAGCUGCAGCUCCCCCGCAGGUUCGACCGGGUGGCCAGACCCAGAGGUCAGUCUCGGACUACUCUGCUUUCGGCCCUGCGCCCGCAGCAGCACAACGACCAUCGACAGGCGGUACCCUUGGUGGAUCAAGGAUGCCUUCGCGAGGCAACUCCUACGCACAGCCAGCAGCAGCUACAGUGGCUCCCACCAACGCCGAAGGUCGCUUCUCGCAGCCCAAAGGCAAGACCUACUCCAUCUCUGCGCCAUACCCCCAACAGGAGCCUGCGGGCAUGGGCGAACCAAGUAUAGGACAGCCAAGCACACAGCGAGUGCAGUCGACUCAGAUCGGACCCACAGGCGGGCAUCCCAAGGGUGGCCACAAGCGAUCUAACACUGUGACCGAGACUAUAGGCCGUAUGACUUCCAUGUUUGGAGGCCGUCAGAACUCUUACAGCCAAGACCCUAAGGGAUCCUUUACCUCGCAGGACUCUUACGGCAGGCAGGAUGAGGAGAGGAAGCAAAAGAGAUACCCUCCUACGUCCAUGCCCACCUCCAUGUCAAACGACAACUCGAUUGGAUCCUCGGGUCCUAGGCCAAGCACAGACUCAAGGCGCCGUCCCUCAUUCAGCUUUUCACGCAAGAACACCGACGACGGAACCAAGACUCGACGCUUCUCCUUGCUGCCAUCGUCGUUCUCGAAGAACUUUGGCUCUCAGAGAGAAAGCAUGCCUGCAGAUGGCUACGGCCAACGCCGCGGCUCCAACGUUGGUCGAGCCCGCAACGGCUCUCGAUCUGGCAUGGCCUUCGGCCGCGGCACAGAAUCUCGUUCUCCUAGUCAGAGCACUAUGGGAAGCAACGCCGUACCUGGCUUCUACGACGGCCAGCAAGACAGCAACUCCCGCAUUCGACACGCCAACGCCAGCGCCACCUCGCAUGCCGCGCCGGGCCCUUCGUCCGCACCACCCCACCAGACGCAGUUCGACCACCCCGACCAGGCAGCCGUCGGUGAUGACAAGUUCCCUAACCCCCAGCAACCGCACCCCAGCCAGGCGCCCAAUCGGCCGUACGGACGCCACCCUAACGAUAGCCAGGCCAGCGAGCAGAUGACGCCAACACAGUCUCAUGGCUCGCAGCCGCAGCGCGCGCAGUACCCACAGGGCAUGGGCGGGGAUCAGGAGCAGAGAGGUGGCAAGCUGCAAAAGAGCCGCAAGUUCGCGGACGCCUACGAGGACUCGGGUGCGAACAAGGGCAGCUCAGGCAGCAGUAAGAAGGUCAUGGACUUUUUCCGUCAAAUGGGACGCAGGAGAGCGGGCAAGUAA